AUGUUAGAGAUUUCCGUGGCCAGAAGGGAGAAGAUUAAUGCCCUGACUGAAGCUGCUACAGGAACGGUCCCAAGAAGUUAUCAUCAGAGGACAAAUUCCGGCUUGAAAUCACCUUCAAGAAGGAAAGACUUAAAAAGUGGAGAUGACAUCAGGAACGAGAAUUGUGAAACGGAUCAGGAGGAGGAGUUGGUUGAGAAGAUGAAGUUAUCUCCGACAUCGGAGGCUGCAGAGGAUGAAGGGUUGUUUUCGAGUUUAAUAAUGGAGAAAGUUGCUGCGACUAAGAAGUAUAACGAGAACCAUUACAACAAACACAUGGCAUGA